AUGGCACCUGCUGUUACUGCUCCCUUGGCAGGGGAGACCUCAGGCUUGAGGUCCAUCCAGUCCUGCCCGUUUUACAAGAAUGCCAGCGGGAAUCCCCUGGAGAUAAGACAGAGCCGGGGCUCAAUUUUUAGAGGAGUUACAAUGCCUAAAUAUUUUUUGCAAAGUGCAUGGGCAGGUAAACUAGGGAGCUGUAGGGAGGAACUUGUGGCAGUAAAGAUGAUCUUAAGAUGCCAGAAUAACCCAAGAAAGAAAGAAGACUUGAGUGCCUCACCAGAAAUGUCUGACUUUCCUUCUGUGAUACUCACUAGUGGUGAGCAAUGGAGGAUUCCACACAAAGCUUCUCUUUUUUUUAUUGAAGAAGAAGAGUACGACGAGCCUCCACAGUGCAAGGCAGGACAAGAUAUUGUGCUGCAGUCACCUGUCGACUGGGUGCUUUUGGAUGGCCGAGAAAGCUCAGAUGACCGUGGAAUUGUGCAGUACGAGUGGACACUGCUGCAAGGUGACUCAUCGGUUGAAAUGAAGGUACCACAGCCAGGAACACUGAAACUCUCUCAUGUCCAGGAAGGCGGGUAUAUUUUCCAGCUAACUGUGACAGACACUGCAGGUCAGCAGUGCUCUGACAACAUCUCUGUGACCGUUCUGCCCAUGGUUCAUUCCGCAGUAGCCUGUGUUGGGGUUUGCUCUCGCUACCAGUUUAUCUGCGAUGAUGGCUGCUGCAUUGACAUCACAUUUGCUUGCGAUGGUGUGAGACAGUGCCCUGAUGGAUCAGAUGAAACUUUCUGCCAGAACUUCAGCCCGGGCCGGAAGACAGUGACUCACGCAGCUCUUGGCACUACCCAGCAAAGGACUGUAGCACUGACAGAAAACACAGAUGAAAACUUCUCUGCAGAGAACACUCUGAAAGCCACUGCCAGGAAUCAACCACUUCUUUCAGUGGAUGCAGACAUGUCUAACCAAUCGCUUUCUCAGGGACCAAAGAAACAAAUCAGUGGAUUUGUGCCAGGUAACAGUUCCUCAGGGAAAAGAACAGAUGGUAAAAAUGGGAAUGGCAUAAUUGCGCCAAAGAGAGAUCAGCUUGGAGGUGGUCGUCCAGUCCCAGAAACAGGUGCUGUGUUACCCUUAGCCUUAGGCUUGGCCAUCACUGCUUUACUGCUGCUUAUGGUUGCUUGCAGACUGCGUUUAGUGAGACAGAAGCUUAAAAAAGCUCGACCCAUUACAUCUGAAGAGUCCGAUUACCUCAUCAAUGGGAUGUAUCUCUAAAAAUUGGAUUUAGGUCAGUUGUUUUCUCCCCUUUCUCCUGUGUCCAUGAACCUCUGCCUCUAUAAAAGGACCAAAACCUUUAGUUAAGUUUCAAGUGUAGAAGAAGCCUACGAGAUGAGGAACAUGUUCUUCCCCUUCAGUGAUAAAAAAGUGGGUAGAUGCCUGUGCUCAG